AAUCAAGUCCUGACAAAAAGCAUACAAAGAGAUUUGAUAAUCGACGGAAGCACGUGAACAUAUUUAUACAGUUUACAAUUGUAAUAAUGUACGUGAUCAUUUCUUAUGAGUUUAUGAAACGCGUAAAGAUUAGUGAAAGCGGCACGUAGAAAAUAUUAGUCAUACCGGUACUCAAAUGGGAUUUUUUAUUUUUCUCUUUUUAUACUUUCAUUUAUGUAAAGGAACACUGACUGAAGGUGAGCAAGUUCGCCUUGAAUGUCCAGAAGGACAGUAUGUGGAUUUCACUUAUGCAAGAUAUUUCAACGGCGGAUGCGGAGCAAAUAUCACGAGUAAACUUCAAAUCAAUUGUUGCAACCAAACGUCGUGUUUAGUCCAAGCAACCAAUGGGUGGCUUGGGAUCGACCCCUGUUAUGGCUAUCAAAAGACCCUUGAGUGGAACAUGGUUUGUCAAGAUAAUCUCGGAUUGUGCAGAAACCAUCCGUGUGGAAAUGGAACAUGUACCAAUAACUGUGUGUUCUAUACAUGCACGUGUUUUCCAGGAUUCAACGGAAGCAGUUGUGAAAUCGAUAUUGAUGAUUGCUUGGGAUCCCCAUGUCAGAAUGGUACAUGUUUGGAUUUUAUUAAUAAUUACACGUGUACUUGUGAUGAGGGAUAUGCCGGCUAUAACUGUGAUAUAGGCGAGUUGUAUUCUAGUAUUAGACGUUUUCCUAUGUUUCAUAGCAUCUAGAGUCAUCAAUGUAAAAGUAUAUUAGAUAUGUGUUGCUACAUGUGACAUUAUUAUGUAAAUUUGUAUCUUUAUUUACGAUUGAUGAAAUUUAUCACUGUUCGUUAUCUUCAUUUU